AUGCUAGCAGAGUCAAGACGAGCGUUAUUCGAGCUGUUAUUGACUAGGUUGUCGUUGAUCUUUCAAAAGAAAGCCUUGACAGACGCCAUUAUACCAAACCACGGCCUGGCGUGGUCAGCAGCAGCUCUCUCAGCCUGGAUGAGAGGCUGUUUUAAGUCGAUGAUAGUCGAGCUAGCGGAACGCAAGGGCGCUCUCCCAGCGUCCGGAAGUUCAGCUUCGGUGCCGGCAUUAUCAUCUGUGAUUUCGGUCUUGUACGCUAGCAGCGUUGAACGAUCGGCUUCAUCGUACUCGUCAGGAAGGUUUGUGACUCGACCACGAUUCGUAGCAGGUCGCCUGCUGAAAGACAUCGAUUAUGUUACUCUCUGCUGA